CCGGCUUCGCAUAUUUUAAUUUUGUUUUUGCAAAAUUAUACCUAAAUAAAUAAAAUCUUAGAACUGAACAAGUUACAAGUUUUUACAAGAAACUCACAUCGAUAGGGCAUUGACAAAAUUUAUUUCAAAAUUUAUGCUACCAAAAUCAUCUAAAAUGCUCUGAAAAGGACAACAUCAAUUGAAUGAAAAUUUGCCAGACUCAAGGCAAAUAGAAGUUGGACACGAUGGUUGCUCAGAACAACGCAAAAUCUUCAAAGGAAUUUCAAGCCAACGAGGACUUGCGCUGCUUUCUGAUCACCGUGGACAAAGAUGGUCAAAGUAGUUCCAAAAAGAAUGAUACCAGUAUAAGUCCCCCGAAGAUCAAGACGAUACUGAAGAAUCCCAGCGCCUGCAUGGCAUCGCUCAGGCAGGAUUCCAAUGAAACCAAUGACCUCCACGUGGGGUCCGGGGAAAAUAGAGCAGCCUUGAGUAUGGACAAAAUUAAAAUGAACAUUCAAAGGCUAGAUGAAAUUCAGAACGCCGGGAGUCCGCCACGGUUCAUAACGAUCGGUAACAGGGUACUGGUAAAUAGGCCCUCCUUUGUGGUUUUAAAGGACUCCUCCACCCGAAAUUAUACUGAGGAGAAUGUGGAUGAUUUUGACUUGAGCCAAAGUGGAAGCUCUCACACCCAGCUCCCGGGGAUUAGCUCUAAUGCUGGAUGUCAGACGGACGAGAUGUGCUGCCAAGUGGAUUUGGCUUCAAGGAAUAACAGCGGUCAUGACGGGAAUGAUGUACCAACAAAUCGAAAUCUCUCGCAUCCAACGGACGUACCAACUCCAGGGCCUCUCAUACAGUACCCUGCAAUUGCCAAACAAACCCAAUUAGCUGAAGAAACCCGAAAGGAAGAGGAAGGUUCUAACGUUAUCAGUCUCCAAGCCCAGGUACAUAAAACAGAAAUUAAACAGCAGAACACAACCACCAGCACUGCGCCUUAUGUGACGAUCAGCUUCACGCCCGUGCCUCAGGCGGGUUCUAGGUGUGGCACCUCUGUGGCCCCUUGCCAGCAAUUGCCGAGUGCAGCAACGAGCAACGCUUCAAGCUGUUCCUUCUGCACCAGCAAUUGCUGUCUGCCAAGGCCUCCACAAGCCUGCCAAAUGCCAAAGAAAACCUGCUGCUCCCGAGGCUUGCGGCGCCGCAGAAUCUGGGCUCCUGCCUUGACCUCCUACGGAUACCCCUAUUGCUGCUGCAGCCGCUCCAUAUCCUGCUGGCCAGUAUCGAGUCCGCAACACCAGUCGUCGCUGGGAUUCUCCGGGCACUACAACAGGUGUGGCAUGGUCUUGGCCAACCAGAUCAGUCAUCACUUAUUUCAACCAGUCCUAUCGACAACUGGCUUUGCGCCCGGCGGCAGCUUUCAUCCUGGCAUAAGCCCCUGUCUAGGCCACUGCCCCAUGAACGUCCAUCACAACCCACACUGCCAGCGGACAGGGUUCGUGAACAACCACCAGCAGUACCCAUUGCAGAUGGGACGGCAGUUUCCAUUGCAGAUGGGACAGCAGUACAAACUGCAGAUGGGGCAAUUGCCACAACUGAGGCGUCAGACCCAAUGCGAUUGUUGCUUGAUGCAGCAACCCAAGAAUGGAAUGGGGUCGGAAGUCAGCGGAGAUGAAGGAUUCAACCGAGAUCGCUUUGUACCGCAGGUAUCUCCCUCAUCCAGAGCGCAGUCUUUAUCAGGGGAUCAAGAUCAUCAUGAGCAUCUCACCAAGAAGAAAUCGUCUACGGAAACACCUCGAGCUUAUGGGGGUGCAUCGCAUAUCAAAAGAAAUUUCAAUACCACUGCAUUGUAUGCAGCUCGCUCUGGACGAACUUGCCUGAUCCUCAGACCCACCGCUACUGCCAUGGUUCCACGGCUCCUGACCAGACGAAUCAGUCGCUAUACAUCGGUGAUAAUGGCACCAAAGUAAAUAAUAUGCUAAGCAAUAAAGUGAUUUCUAGUAUUA